UUGUGGAAAAAAUUAGAUGAGUCUAAUUUAGAUCAAGUUAUUGGAUUCGCGUUUCCCCUAGGUAACUGCAGUGUUGGUUCGAUUGCAUUUGGAGGAAUAGAUAAUAGAUUCAUUAGAGGAUCAUUUCAUAAUAUAUCAAGGUUAAACGAAUCGGAACCAUUUCAUUCAAUAAAAAUUAACACAGCAUAUGUUGGAGACAUUCCUAUCGAUACACCUUCAAUUGAUUCAAUUCUUGACACUAGAAGUAAUAGAAUUUCUUUUGGCAAGGCUUCGGUUGAUUUCUUUAAGUUGAUAAAUGCUACUAAAUCACCCGAAGGAUGGAAAAUACCAAAACCUGUGGAUAUAUCAUUUGAUAUCAUGUUAAGUGAUGAUGAAGUAGUGAAAUUUGAUCUGCCAAGUAAUGCAAUCUGUGAUAAUAGCGUAGGAGUAGGUAAAGAUUGUAUAGCUGUUGUGGAUGAUAGAUCUGGUCCAUUAAAUACGUGGAUAUUUGGAACUCCAUUUCUUCAAAACUUUUAUUUUGCGAUCGACCUCAAGCAAAACCUUAUACAAUUUGCUAAUAGAAAUAACUUUUGUCCCCCAGUAGGCUCUGGUGGUGGUGGAUCAUUAGGCCGUGUAUUUGGUGGUAUCUUAGGUGCCGCUGCUCGUGCUGAAGCUGGUGGUGCCAUGGCUGGUGCCUUUAGUCUUGGUCUUGGUCUUUUUGGUGGUAUGUUUAUUCCUAUCGAUGAAGAUGACCAAGUCACUCUGCCUCCUCCUCCUCAACUUUCUCAAACUUUUCUAAGUGUGCCUACAACUCAGCAAUUCAUAACUCAGUUUACAUCACAACUAUUCACAACUCAAUUUAAUACUUCUCAAAUAUUUACAACUCAAUUUAAUACAUCACAACUAUUCACAACUCAAUUUAAUACUUCUCAAAUAUUUACAACUCAAUUUAAUACUAUUCAAUCUACAAUUCAGCCUACACCAACUACUCCCAAUGCAGAAUCUAUAGUUAUGGAUCUACGGCAGUUUCCCAUGGAAUUAGUUAUAUAG